UUUAUCCCACUUUGUUUUUUCACUAACUCUGAGUUUCGGUAUGAGACUGACACCUAGUGGACAUUUUAGGAUGUGAGUUUACAGACUUCCAGACACACUUGUUUUGCACACGUCUCUCAAACACAGAACCAGGAAACUCAGUUCAGAGAAACUGAAACUGAUCUGCUGUUGAGCUGUUGUUUGUGUGUCUGUAUUGCUGUAGACAGUGAAAUGGCUGAAGCCAGUGUUUUUUCAGUGGAGCAGUUCAGCUGUCCAGUGUGUCUGGAUCUCCUGAAGGAUCCUGUGACUAUACAUUGUGGACACAGUUACUGUAUGAGCUGCAUUACAGACUGCUGGGAUCAAGAGGAUCAGAAGAGAGUCUACAGCUGCCCUCAGUGCAGACAGACCUUCAGUCCAAGACCUGCUUUAGGAAAAAACAACAUGCUGGCUGAAGUGGUGGAGAAACUGAAGAAGACCAAACUAAAAGCUGCUGUUCCUGCUGGACCUGGAGACGUGGAGUGUGACAUCUGUACUGGAAGAAAACACAAAGCUGUCAAGUCCUGUCUGGUGUGUCUGGAAUCUUACUGUCAAACUCACUUUGAGCGUCAUGAAGAGUUUCAUUCAGGAAAGAGACACAAAGUGAUUGAUGCCACUGGACGACUGCAGCAGAUGAUCUGUCAGAAACAUGAGAAGCUUCUGGAGGUUUUCUGUCGUACUGACCAGCAAUGUGUUUGCAUGCUGUGUGCAAUGGAUGAACAUAAAAACCAUGAGACUGUAUCAACUGCAGCAGAGAGGACAGAGAAAGAGAAACACUUGAAGGAGACACAGAGUGAAAUCCAGCAGAGAAUCCAGCAGAGACAGAAAGAUCUUGAGCAGCUGAGAGAGGCUGUGGAGUCUCAUAAGCGCUCUGCACAGACAGCAGUGGAGGACAGUGAGAGGAUCUUUACUGAGCUCAUCCGCUCCAUUGAGAGAAGCCGCUCUGAGGUGACACAGCGGAUCAGAGAUCAGGAGAAGACUGCAGUGAGUCGAGCUGAAGGACAAAUGGAGCGACUGGAGCAGGAGAUUGAAGAUCUGAAGAAGAGAAACACUGAGCUGGAGCAGCUUUCACACACAGAAGAUCACAUCCAUUUCCUGCAGAGUCUUCAGUGUCUCUCAGCUCCUCCUGAAUCUACAGAAAACAUCUCUGUCAGUUUCCUCUUUUCUUUUGAUGGUGUGAGAGAAUCUGUCUGUCAGCUGAGACUCAAACUGGAGGAUGAUUUCUGCAAAGAGGAGAUGAAAAAGAUAUCUGUCACUCACAGUAACAUUGUUCCCAGAACCAGAGAGGACUUCCUACAAUAUUCGCAUCAGUUCACUCUGGAUCCAAACACUGCAUAUAAACACCUCUCUCUGUCUGAAGAGAACAGAGUAGUGACUUAUACUCACACACCUCAGCCGUAUCCUGAUCAUCCAGACAGAUUUGAUGUUCAUGAUCAGGUGUUGUGUAGAGAGAGUGUGAGUGGACACUGUUACUGGGAGCUUGAGUGGAGUGGGGGUGGUGUGUAUAUAUCAGUGUCAUAUAAGAGCAUCAGCAGGAAGGGAUCUGGUAAUCAGUGUGCAUUUGGAUGUAAUGAUCAGUCGUGGAGACUGUCCUGCUCUCCCUCUAGUUUCUCAUUCUGGCACAAUAACAAAGAGACUGAACUCCCUGUUCCCUCCAGCUGCAGGAGAAUAGGAGUGUAUGUGGAUCACAGAGCAGGAACUCUGUCCUUCUACAGCGUCUCUGACACAAUGAACCUCAUCCACACAGUCCAGACCACAUUCACUCAGACGCUCUAUCCUGGGUUUUAUGUUUGGGGUUCAGUCAGACUCUCUGAUCUGACAACAUAAAUACAGACUGUGAUUCUCUGUCAAUAUUGUGUCACAGUUUGAUUUACAAAAUGAGAGCAGAGGGUCUAAUUACAAGCAGUUUCGUUAUUAACACACAGAAAAAACACUCAGCAACACCAAGAAUACUCUGGAGAACAGAAAACCAAACCACAUACAGAUGAACAAAGGAAAAAAAAAGAAAUGAACCAAAUGGGAAUUUAAAUAUGCAAGACAAUGAGAGAUAAAACUAGGCACAGCUUGGACUGAUCAGUCGACUAAUUAGAAACAAUAGCAAACAAAAAACACAGACUAAACGCAGGACAAGAAACUAAACUCAAAUGAACCAAAACAGACAAUAACUGUGUCUCAAUUCAGAUGCUGUAUCCUUCGAAGGCUUUAUCUGAAGACCGACUGCAUCACAGCAGCGGGAAUUAAACUCGGGUCGCUGUGAGCGCAGAUGCGCUGCAUGUCAAGGCUAUUGGUGCAGACACCAUAGGAUUUUUUAACAGAAAAUUCAGAUUUAAACUUACAAAAGUAAGUGCUGGGUUUCCACCUAAAUGAACAUUUCAUGUUACAAAAACACUUAAAUGUUGAUAUCUUACUAAAAUAUCUAAUGUAGUUCAUUAUGUACAUAAACAGAUCAAGGUGCACAUAUUUAGACAGGUUGUGUUGUGUUCAGACUGUUGAAUAUCACUUUUUUAAAAGUCCAGUACAAACAUUAGUCACUCAUCAACGGCAGCUGUCACACUUGCUAGACAACAAGAGUGAUCCUCCGUAUGUCAGACUGACCCAUUUAACAACUCGUGUGGCCUUGAAGAACUGUUUUAAGGAUGCAGCACCUGAACUUGGACACAGCAAAUAUGUGACAUAAUGUUGUUGAUCACAUCUUUGAUAUGCUAUACUUGAUAUUGUAUAUCAUGGUAAUAACUGACUUUAAAAUAAUUUAUAAAUAGUUGGAUACUAUAACUGAUGUGACCAGCCAGAAAAAAAAAAAAAAAAAACUUUAAGCAACAGCUGCUAGAAGAAUAUUAUGGCAACGGCGUUCUUUUGACUUUUAUUUAACUUUAACUGCUGCUCUCUGAUGUACUGUAAGCGUCUUCUGCAGGAGAAUAGCUGAUUUGUCGUAGUAAGAAAAUGUUGUUUUAAAGCUUGUGGCGUUGUAACUGUAUCUGUUGAUCAUUUCAUGCCAAAAGCAACCUUUCUCCUGCUUUUUUGAUGACAUUAUUUGUGUACUUUGUCAAAUGACUAAAUUAUCUGUUACACCAUCCUCUUAACUGUUGCUAAGUGAUGUUUAUGUUUUUUGGCAGUUUACACUUUAUACUUCCUGCUGGUGUUGCUGUUCUAUCAGUAACUGAUGCUUAAAGUCCCAAAUUACAACUAAACGUUGAUGUUG